UGACACAUAAUUUCCGGAUUUGACAACAACUUCCGGGAGAUACCGGCUACAUUAUUAAAAGUUUGUUGAAUUAUCCGUGUGAAUCCUCAUCAGACACGUAAAUAUGAUGAAAAUAAAACGCUUUGUAUUUAUUUUCAUUGCUUUGUCAGUUGUUUGCAAUAGUGCAAUUGCGAGGCAAGAUGCUAUUAACAAUGAUUUGACUGUAUCCGAAGCAGACAGAAAAAUUGAUACUGCAACCCAUCUUGUCAAGAUUGUCACAACUGUUACCAUUGAAAACGGAGGAAAGUCGUCCACAGGGUACUUUUUAGUGCCAGUUGACAAUUCUCUCAAGAACUACCUGUCAUACUUUGGAGCAUCAAUUAAAGGUGAUGGAGAUGAGAAGCCAACUCCCCUUACAGUUGCACAAACCACAGUAUCUGGCCAAAGUGACAAACAAUUUUGGAGAGUCAACUUCCCAAAAGCUUUGGAAACUGGAAAGUCCAUUACACUCAACGUGAAUUCUGUUUACGCCCAUGCACUGACCCCAUUCCCACGUCAGGUGACACAGGCCGAGAAACAGUAUGUGGUGUUCACUGGGAAUUUGUAUGUUUUCUUGCCUUACAAAGUCAAAACCCAAACAACAACUGUGACAACAGCCUCAAGUACUAUUGAAUCAUACACCAAAACAAAACCAGUUUCUCAGAGUGAAAGUACCAUCACUUACGGACCAUAUGAAAACAAAGAAGCAUUUUCUGAGGCUGAAUUGAGAGUGCAUUCUGAAAACAACACACCAUUCCUGACCAUCACCAGUAUGGAACGUGUCAUUGAGGUAUCACACUGGGGUAACAUUGCUGUGGAGGAACACAUUGAGAUCAGACACUCCGGGGCAGAAUUGAAAGGUCCAUUCUCUAGAUAUGACUACCAGAGACAGGCUGAGGGAGCAUCAGUAAAAUCAUUCAAGACAAUCUUGCCAGCUGCAGCCAGAGAUGUUUAUUACCGUGACGAGAUAGGAAACAUUUCCACAAGUGCUAUGAGAGAAAUGGAAGAUAUGGUCGAGGUUGAGCUUCGUCCAAGAUUCCCACUCUUUGGUGGUUGGAAGACCAAAUACACUAUUGGAUACAAUGUUCCAAGCUACCAGUAUCUUUUCAACAGUGGUGACAACUAUGCAUUAAAGAUGAGAUUUGUGGAUCACAUCUAUGAUGAUGUUGUUAUUGACCAGAUCACAUUCAAAAUUAUCUUGCCUGAAGGAGCCUCAAAGACUGAGUUGAAGACGCCUUUUAGUGUACAGAAGGGAGAUAAUGGUUUGCACUAUACUUACCUGGAUACUGUUGGUCGGCCAGUCAUUGUUGCCUACAAAAACAACCUAGUCGAAGAACAUAUCCAGGACUUUGAGCUUCACUACAACUUCCAGAAAUUACGUUUGCUACAGGAGCCAUUGUUGGUUGUUGGUGCAUUCUAUCUCCUGUUUUGUCUUGUUAUUAUUUAUGUCAGAAUGGACUUCUCUAUCACCAAGGACGAGGCUAAGGAAAGUAAAAUGCGUGUUGCUAGUCUAGUCGAGGAAGUGCAGAGUGCCCAGGACAAGCGUAGCGCCCUCUAUCAGAGCUAUGAUGAUGCAAUUGACAAGUUCAAGGCUGGGAAGGACCAUAGUAACUUCAUGUCUCAGCGGAAGAAAAUAGAUGGCGAUUAUAAGCAACUAACUAGUCAAAUACAGAACCUGCAAGGUCAACUGAAAUCUGAGGGCUCGGAUCUUGGUGAAAAGGUUGCCGAAUUGAACCGAUUGGACCAUCAGUACAAAGAGCAAAUCAGUCUGCAGAUCACAUACGCCGAGAAACUUGUGGCGAACAAGUUCAGUAAACAGCAGUACCUUGACAAUGAAAAGUCUAUAACAGAAAAGCGUGGCGAACUGUAUAAGAAAAUGGAUGAACUUUCAUCUAGUUUACAAUAAUGGAAUUGAAAUGCAACAUUCAUUGUUUUAUUUGUUUCGUACAGUGUAGUAUAACUUGAAAAAAAUUGUUAUUUGUGCUUUGUAUUUCCCUUAUUUAAGCAGGGCUGGCAAAAUUUGAUUUUGGAUUUCUUGUUUGUUUUUAUCUGAAGCAUUUCUUGUCCAUAUGAUAUUUAUAAAGUAAAUUAUUGAAAAUUUCCACUUGUCUGUACACCUUGGCAAUAUGGACAAUAGAUUUUGCCACCCCUGUUAAGUAGAACUUUCAAAUGGAAAGCACAGAGUUUCUUUGAGUUACUAUUCCAUGUAUGGUUAUGUAAAAACGCUGACAUGUGGUAAAUUCUAAGAAACAUUGAUUAAAGUAAAAAACCUAGUGUUAAGGUAUAGAUUACCUAGUCAUUAAAAGACAGACUUUUGUGAUGUUGCUGUAACAUUUAAUUUUACUUUGCAUCGCCAGUGCACUGCUUAGGUUAGGGAAUAUUUGUACAAGAAGGAACCAAAGUUUUUGGCUUUUUAGGUAAUUAUUUAUAUUCCAUGUUCUUUGUUUUUCAUGUCUCUUUAAAUAAAAA